GUUCCACAUCACCUCUGAACUACUUUCCUGUACCCUUCUUCAGUCAGCAUUGGUCUGACCGGGCGGUGAGGGGAAACAACUCUUCCAUUAUUUAAGGCGUCGGAGAGGCAGAGGGCAGCAACAAGCCCCCCUCGCUUCUCUUCCCCUUCCCUUCCCUUAAACCCCCAAUGGAUCCUUACAAGUUCCGGCCUUCGAGCUCUUUCGACACCAACUUUACCACCACAAAUGCCGGUGCACCUGUAUGGAAUGAUGACCAAGCUCUCACCGUGGGAUCCAGAGGGCCAAUCCUGCUGGAGGACUACCAUUUGAUCGAGAAGGUAGCGCACUUCGCUCGGGAGCGAAUUCCGGAGCGCGUCGUCCAUGCACGCGGCGCCAGUGCAAAGGGCUUCUUCGAGUGCACUCACGACGUCACUCACCUCAGCUGCGCCGACUUCCUCCGGGCGCCCGGCGUCCAGACUCCCGUUAUCGUCCGCUUCUCCACCGUCAUCCACGAGCGCGGUAGCCCCGAAACCAUCAGAGACCCCCGAGGUUUCGCCGUCAAGUUCUACACCAGAGAGGGCAACUGGGAUCUCCUGGGGAACAACUUUCCCGUCUUCUUCAUUCGCGACGGCAUCAAGUUCCCGGACGUGAUCCACGCCUUCAAGCCCAACCCCAAAUCCCACAUCCAAGAGUACUGGAGGGUGUUCGACUUCCUGUCGCACCACCCCGAGAGCCUGCACACCUUCUUCUUCCUGUUCGACGAUGUCGGCGUUCCGUCCGACUACCGCCAUAUGGAGGGCUUCGGCGUCAACACCUACACCUUCAUCAACAAGGAAGGGAAGGUGAACUACGUGAAGUUCCACUGGAAGCCCACAUGCGGCGUCAAGUGCCUGCUGGAGGACGAGGCGAUCGUCGUCGGGGGCAAGAACCACAGCCAUGCCACCCAGGAUCUCUACGAUUCCAUCGCCGCCGGAAACUACCCGGAGUGGAAGCUCUUCGUCCAAGUCAUGGAUCCGGAUCAGGAGGACCGGUACGACUACGAUCCGCUCGACGACACCAAGACGUGGCCGGAGGACCUCUUGCCGCUGCAGCCGGUCGGAAGGCUGGUCUUGAACCGGAACAUCGACAACUUCUUCGCGGAGAACGAGCAGCUGGCGUUCGGCCCGGGCCUGGUCGUGCCCGGCAUCUACUACUCCGACGACAAAAUGCUUCAGUGCAGGAUCUUCGCCUACGCCGACACGCAGCGGUACCGCCUCGGCCCCAACUACCUGAUGCUGCCGGUGAACGCCCCCAAGUGUGCUCUCCACAACAAUCACUACGACGGACCGAUGAACUUCGUGCAAAGGGACGAAGAAGUCGAUUACUUCCCUUCAAGACAUUCUACUCUACGUCAUGCAGAGAAAUUUCCUAUUCCAAAUCGCGUCGUCACUGGCAGGCGUGAGAAGACUGUGAUUCCUAAGCAAAAUGAUUUCAUGCAACCUGGAGAGCGUUACCGUUCCUGGGAAUCUGACAGGUACUGCCAUUGUUAUUCUCCCUUCGAUCUUUACAUGUCGUUUGCCUUUUUCGUUCAUCUGUUUAUCUCAGGCAAGAGCGGUUCAUCCGCCGUUGGGCUGAGGCAUUACGCCACCCGAAGGUCAGCUAUGAGCUCCGCAGCAUCUGGAUAUCGUACCUGUCACAGUGCGACGCAACGCUGGGACAGAGGGUGGCGAAUCACCUCAACAUGAGACCAAACAUGUGAUGGGGACGAGGAGCACUGUGGUCUUCGUUGGACUUUGGUUGCUUAUGCCACCCUAAAUAAAGCCAUGUCAAGUCUGCUACAUGUUACAGUCGCAGUUGUUUAUUCGUGCAUUAUCUGAACUGGAACAGAUGACAACAAUGUUCAUCUUCUUCUC